UACAUUUGUAGGUUAUGUUGUGAUACUGCUUACUGCACGUGUUGCACUACCAAAUAACAAGCAUGUUAUUAUGAAUUAAUAAAAAUAUAUUAUUUAAAAAUGUCACGAGAACCGAAAUUAACGAAUACUUCUCCUAACUUUUCAAAACCAGCGAAGUCACAAAAUACUGUACUACAAAAUUUAGGGAUUCCACAUAUAGAUUCUUUCAAUUACUUUUUGGAUGAAGGUCUAACAACAGCUGUAAAUGAAAUUUAUCCUAUACAAUUUAGUGUUGGCAGUGGAGAUAAAAUAAAACUUUGGAUUGAAAAUGCACAAAUUAAGGAGCCAUCGAUUCCGGAGGGUACAUUGGGUGUGAGAAAUCGUAAAAUAUUUCCAACAGAAUGUCGACAGAGAGGAUAUACUUACAAGGGAUUAUUGAUGAUAAAAAUGGCAUGGUCAGUGAAUGGAAAAAUUCAACAAUCCAUUGACAAAGAUUUAGGAGAAAUUCCUAUUAUGAUCAAGUCGAAUAAAUGUCACUUGAAAGGAAUGAAUCCUAAACAAUUGAUAAAUCACAAGGAACAUGAAGAUGAAUGGGGUGGUUAUUUUGUUGUAAAAGGACACGAAAAACUUAUAAGAAUGUUACUAAUGACUAGAAGAAAUUAUCCUGUUGCUGUUAAAAGAUCAGGUUGGAAACAACGUGGAAGUUUAUUCAGUGAUCUUGGUAUUUACAUAAGAUGCGUUCGAGAUGAUAAUACAGCAGUGACAAAUGUAUUGCACUACGUCACAGAUGGAACAGUAAAAUUAUCCUUUUCACAUAGAAAAUUUAUGUACUAUAUACCUUUAUUAUUAAUUUUAAAAUGUCUUAUGGAUGUGCCGGAUACUUAUAUUUAUAAUGCUUUAAUUGCUGGUUUUGAAGAUAAUAAACAAUAUCAAGGUUAUAUUGCAAAUAUGAUGCGAGCAGUUAAAGAAGAUGGUUUAAUUACUCAUGAUCAAUGUAAAGCUUAUAUAGGAAAAAUAUGUAGAGUUAAAUUUUAUGAAUUACCACAAGAUUCAAAAGAUUCUGAAUACUGUGAUUUUAUAAUCAAAUACUGUAUUGGAAUUCAUCUCGACGAUCCAGCUGAUAAAUUUCAAUUGCUGAUUUAUAUGACAAAAAAAUUGUUUGCUGCUUGUAAGGAAAAAUGCGUUGUCGAAGGUGUCGAUGCAGUUAUGAUGCAAGAAUGUUUAUUGGGUGGUCAUUUAUAUUUACAAAUUGUUAAAGAAAAAAUUUCUUCUUGGUUGAGUAAUGUGAAAUUUGCCAUUUUAAAACGUGAAAAAGCAAUUAAUAAUUACACUAUACAACCUCAGGAUGUCGUCAAUGCAAUGAAAAAUUCCGGAACCUUGGAAAAUGCUAUGGGAAAUUUUAUGGCAACAGGAAAUAUUCGAACUGACAGCGGUUUGGGUUUAAUGCAAACAUCAGGCUUGACAAUUGUCGCUGAAAAUAUCAAUAGAAUGCGAUAUAUGAGUCAUUUUCGUGCAAUUCACAGAGGUUCUUUUUUUACUGAAAUGAGAACAACAGAACAUCGAAAAUUGCUUCCCGACGCAUGGGGAUUUAUUUGCCCUGUUCACACACCUGAUGGAACACCUUGUGGUCUAUUAAAUCAUUUAACAAUGAAUUGUAUAAUAACAAAACAUCCUGAUAAAAAAUUAAAGGAGGCAAUUCCUGAUUUUUUAUUAGAUCUAGGAAUGUUGCCUUUAUCAAGAGCUGACGAUUGGAAAAAUUCACAUUCUUUUAUGCUUACAAUUAUGUUGGAUGGAAAAAUAAUUGGUUUAAUUGAAGACAAAAUUGUUGGGCGUGUUGUUGAUAAACUUCGUGUUUUGAAAAUUAAUAGUGAAAUUCCAUCAACAACAGAAAUUGUUUUAGUUCCUAAGAAGGAUAUUCCAACGCAAUAUCCAGGUCUUUAUUUAUUCACUGGACCAGCAAGAAUGAUGAGACCAGUUCAAAAUUUAUCGAUGAAAAAAAUUGAAUUAAUUGGAACGUUUGAGCAAGUUUAUUUGGAUAUUUGUAUUAAGCCAGAUGAUACUCCCGAGGGGUUAGCAACUCAUCAGGAAUUAUCGAAAACUUCGUUUUUGAGCAAUUUGGCUUGUUUAAUUCCAAUGCCUGAUAAUAAUCAAAGUCCCAGAAAUAUGUAUCAAUGUCAGAUGGGAAAACAAACGAUGGGUACACCUUGUCACAAUUGGCUUCAACAAUCUGAAACAAAAUUGUACAGAUUACAAACUCCGGCUACUCCAUUAUUCAGACCGAUUCAUCACGAUGACAUUGGAUUAGAUAAUUUUGCCAUGGGUACAAAUGCAAUUGUCGCCGUUAUUUCUUAUUCGGGAUACGAUAUGGAAGACGCUAUGAUAUUAAAUCAAGCUUCUUACGAUAGAGGUUUUGCCCAUGGUAUGAUUUACAAAUCAGAAUUUGUUGAUUUGAAUGAUCCAAAGGACUAUUUUGCUCUUGAUCCAAAAGCAAUAGAUCUACAUGAAGUUUUGGAUUCAGAUGGUCUUCCACCACCUGGAAUGAAGCUUAAAAAAGGAACUGUUUAUUAUUCGUACUGGAAUUCCGAUCAGAACGAAUAUAAGACAGGAAGAUACAAGGGUAAAGAAGAAGUUUAUGUGGAUAAUGUAAAACUUUGUGGUACUUUGAGCAGUCACGUUCCAAGAAGAGCGUGUAUUACUUAUCGAGUUCCGCGUAAUCCGAAAAUUGGAGAUAAAUUUGCGUCACGAGCAGGACAAAAAGGAAUUUGCUCUCAAAUGUGGUCGCAGGAGGAUUUGCCAGUUUCGGAAACGGGAUUAGUUCCUGAUAUUAUUUUCAAUCCUCAUGGAUUUCCCAGUCGUAUGACAAUUGCUAUGAUGAUCGAAUUAAUGGCCGGAAAAUCAGCAUCAAUUCAUGGACUUGUACACGAUGCAACACCAUUUCGUUAUUCAGAAGAAGACACUGCUGGUGAAUAUUUUGGAAAACUUUUAGAAGCAGGUGGUUAUAAUUAUCUUGGAACUGAAAAAAUGUACAGUGGUACUAAUGGUGAAGAAUUAUCAGCAACUAUUUUUAUGGGAGUUGUUCACUAUCAAAGACUUCGACACAUGGUUUCUGAUAAAUGGCAGGUGAGAAGUACUGGACCAAUUGACGGUUUAACUAGACAACCAAUUAAAGGACGAAGAAGAGGUGGAGGCGUGAGAUUUGGAGAAAUGGAACGAGAUGCAUUAAUUUCUCAUUCGAGUCCUUUUCUUCUUCAAGAUCGUCUUCUGCAUUGUUCUGAUGGAGCAGGGAUGUCAAUUUGCAAAAAAUGUGGAACUGUUCUUGGACCGGGAUUGGAGAUGACUGUGAGUAAAGCAGGAAUUGGUGAAAGAAGAAUAAGAUGUAGAAUGUGUGACAAUGAUUAUUCAUCUAAAGAAAUUGACUUUCCAUACAUUUUCCGUUAUCUCAUUAAUGAAUUAGCUGCAAGUCAUUUAAAAGCAGAACUCGAAAUGGAGGAAAAAUAAAUCAAUUUAUAAAUGCGUUGAUAUUGUUAAAAAAAUUUUGAAAACCCGACAUUUUUCUAUAUUUAUGUAUUAUAAUAAUAAAAAAAUAUUUUUAAAAAAACAAGAA